AGGGCGUGGCGGCGGCGGCGGCUGCGGCCGGGGAAGGGGGAAAGUGGGGUGGGAUUCCAAAGCAGCCGCAACCUCGUCUGACCCCCCGAUGGCAGCCGCAAAGGUACCAGGCCUCUUCAGAGGAGACCAUGGAGCUGCGGCUUCAGCAGGCCCAGCGCUUCAAGGAGGAAGGGAACCGCUAUUACAAAGAGGGGCAUUUCCGUGACGCUGUGAGCCGUUACCACUGGGCCCUCCUGCAGGUGAAAGGGCUGGAUCCCAGCGUGCCGUGUCCUCUGCAGGAAUUAGGCGGGGAGAGGCCUCAUGUAACCCUUGAACAGGAACGAGCUCUCCACAGCACCCAAAGCGACUGCUACAAUAAUCUUGCUGCUUGUCUCCUCCACAUGGAACCUGUGAACUAUGAGCGGGUGAAAGACUACAGUCUAAAAGUCCUAGAAAGGCAGCCAGAGAACACAAAGGCCCUGUAUCGUGCUGGAGUGGCGUUCUACCACCUGCGGGAUUAUGACAAAGCGCGCCACUAUCUCCUGGAAGCUAUCGGCAAGCAGCCCAAAGAUGCCAAUGUGAAGCGUUACUUGCAGUUGACAGAGUCCCAGCUGAGCAGCUACCACCAAAAGGAGAAGCAGCUUUAUAUGGGGAUGUUUGGAUAGAGGUAGCGGUUUCUGCCUAGUUGUACCUGGAUGUGAAGUCGGCCUGGAUCCCAUUUUUCUUGCGGGCUGUACCUGGUCGUUGGCUCUGAAGGUUCCAGACAUGUCAUGCCUUGAUGUGCUUAAUAGCCAAUUUAGCCUCUGAGGAUGUGAAAAGGGAGAGGCCUGGAUAACUUUCUUCAAUGUCACCAUUUUGGAAUGGAAAUAGAUUGGGGAUGGAUGAUACGGCCCCGUAAUGGUCCCCUCCCUCCUCUGGAGCUGAAGCAGGAACCACAGUGGGCAGAUCUGAUGGUUAUUUCCUUUGUUGGUUCAUAAAUUGUUUUGGGAAUUCCCUUUUAUCUUUGUGUCUUAUUCCUUUUUGCUUAAAAAUAAUAAAGGGCCUGAGGUUAUGAGGCCCACUGAAGUCAGGCCCCUUUCCGUCCUGAUUUUGGGUUCCUGUCCUAGUGGGAAAUAGUAGUCUUUUUUAACUAGUAGAAGAUUGUUAGGUCGGUUUUGGGUUUGGUUUUUAGCUGCCCCCUCCCCACCAUUUGGGUCUGGAGGGUAAAUCUGGGAUGCUUUAUAUUUUUUGUGCCCCUGUUGCCGUAGUGACUGUGGCUAGGCCUCUCCUGCGGCUUGUCGUCACCCAUGGCAACAGUGUCCUAGAGCAUCAGCUAGACUCAGCUUUGCCAUGCGGCCUCUUUGGCAACCCAGGUGGGCAGCAGACACCUUGGACCAUGCAACAAUAGACUGGCCACCUCUGUUCUACUGCAUGUGUGCUAAGUGCCAUAAAAUCACUUCCAACGUACAGCAACCCUGGGCUCUUCCGCAU